ACCAGAAGAUCUGAAGUGAUCAUUUGAACUUUUUUUCUUUCUUUUUUGAACCACGAUACCCUCAAGUCAGAAACGGAUCUUUGCAUAAAUAAACCCAAGAAAAAAUGACAGAAUCAGCAGACGCAGACGCCGCCGCCGCCGCCAGGGCAUCAGAGCAGGCCCGCCUACGCAAGGAGCGGCGCGAGGCCAAGAUCAAGGCUGGCGGCAGCGCGCGCCUGAACAGGAUCACUGGCCUUGGUGGUGGUUUCCAGCGCGACCCUAUCCCGACAGCAACAGCGUCAGGAACCGACGCCACCACCGCCGCCUCCCCCGCGCCAGCAACAGCAGCAGCACCGGUAUCAGACCACGCCGACCCAGAUGAGGUCGACAUAUCCAACCAGCACUUCCCCUCUCCUAGACAACAGCAACAACAACAACAACAACAACCCCCUUCGGAAAUGUCAGAGGCUCAGCUCCGCCAACUGAUGCUGGGCAUGGACAUGCCGCGGGGCGAUGGCUCCGCGCCGGCAAACCCUUUCGCCGCAAACCCCUUCCUCAACCCCGGCGUGGGCGGCGGCCAGCCCGGCGGUCCCGAAGACCCCAUGCUCAAGAUGCUGCAGCAGAUGAUGGGCGGACAGAUGCCCGGCGGCGGUGGCUUCCCCGGCAUGCCAGGCGCCCCGCAACAGCAGCAGCAGCAACAACCACCACCACCCCUCGACACCUACUCGGCCGCCUGGCGCAUCCUGCACCUCGUCGUGGCGCUGGGGCUGGGUCUGUACAUUGCACUGACGGGCGCGUUCACGGGGACGCUCGAGGCGCGGGACGCGGCGCGGCUUGCGUCCGACGCCGGCGGCAUGUCGUCUGCGGACCUGGACGAGAGCAACAGCCGCGCCCGCUUCUUUUACAUGUUCGCCACGGCCGAGGCGGUGCUGCUGACGUCGCGCUUCUUCCUCGACCGGUCCCGCGCCCCUCCGCCCGGCAUCCUCUGGACCGUCGCCGGGUUCUUGCCGCCGGCCAUGAAGCGGUACCUCGAGACGGCGCUGCGGUACGGUCAGGUCUUUACGACAGUCAGGUCGGACUUGCUGGUUUGCGUCUUUGUGUUGGGGGUUUGUCACUGGUGGAGGACUUUGGGGGUUGUUGGGUUGUGA